AUGGAAAGAACUUUCCGCCUUUUCCGAUUUCUCGGACUGGAAAAGAGCAAAAUUCAUGGACUCCUUCCAUACUACCUGGACGACGUCAAUGGUGUCUGUCCGGCAUAUUUCAAUGACAUUGGCACUCGUGGGAACGCCUAUGCGCAGGGUUCGCCAUCGGACCCCUACAAGCUGAACAAGGACCUGCCGCCUAAGCAGCAGAUACCCGCCGACAUGAGCGUGCGCCAAUUCCUAUCCUCCACGGACAAUGGCAAACUCCCAAGGGGACCAGGUUAUAACUUCAACACUAUCGAAUGGAUUGAAUGCGCUACUUAUGGCUCGGGUUGGUUUGAUCAAUCGCUCGCUGAGUGGGUCCUAGAAGAAUUGGACUUCAAAACCUCGACAAAAACCAAUGACUGGUGGUGUGUCGACGGCGGAGCUCAGAAGAUUGCAAGGCUCAUGGCGCAGAAGAUCAAAAUCCCGACUAGGAUUCAGAUGAGCAGUCAGGUCCUUGGCAUCAACGCCAAUACUUCUCGAAGGACUCACCCAGAUAAAUACGUACCUAUCACUAUCUCGAUCACCCAGAAUAAUGUCACAACGGAGAAGGAUUAUUUCACCGUCUUUAACUCAACAACCUUGGGGGCGCUAGAACGUAUGAACUUGCAAAAUGCAGGCCUCCAGUAA